AAAAAAUACCGCGAAAGGUCGAAGGUUAUAAAUUUUAAUGAGUAAUUUGAAAUUAUGUUGCAGAUAAACUUAAUAAAAUACCUAAGUCAAAACAAUCAACAAAUAUUGAUUUGAUGAUAAACAUUUUUGUUACCUUUUGCAAUCUGCAAUUCAUGCUUAAAUUUUAUUCACAAAAUCGUAGCUUCAACAUCACCGCUAAACCGGUUGUUAAGGUCGCUAAUUAUUAUUAUUAAUAUUAUGAAAGAAAUUUGAAUAGAACAUUGUCAUUGUUUGCCAGUACAACUAUAAAAUAUAAUAUGAUACGUCCAAUGUUUUGCCGCUUAUCUUUCAUUGCGUGUUUCGUAAGCCUUACAAUCGUAAGCGUGUGUGAUAAUAUAAGUGCUUCACAAGAAAAUUCGUCCGCAAUGGCGAAAUUUUUACCAAAAACUAUGAGGGCUGUUGGCUUUUACAAAUACUUACCGAUUUCGGAUCCUAGUAGUUUGCUCGAUUUAGAAGUGGCAUUGCCGACUAUGCAGAAUAAUGAUGUUCUGGUGGAAGUGAAGGCAACAGCAGUUAACCCUAUCGAUACAAAGCUUCGAGCACCGAAACCGACGAUUGAAACUACGCCGCGAAUUUUAGGAUUCGACGGGGCAGGCGUCGUGGUGGCUAAAGGUGAUGCAUCAAAAAUAUUUAAAAUUGGAGACGAAGUAUUCUUCACUGGCGAUUUUAGAAGAAACGGCUCAAAUGCUCAAUAUGUUGCUCUCGACGAAGUUUUAGUGGGGCUAAAGCCAAAAAAACUUUCAUUCGAACAAGCGGCGGCUAUGCCUUUAACUGGAGUUACUGCUUAUGAAUCUCUGUAUGAUCGCUUAUUGCUUUCCAAGAAAGAUGCAGGUAAAUCAUUGUUAAUAAUAAACAGCGCGGGAGGUGUUGGCUCGGUUGCUUCUCAAUUGGCUAAAAAUUUAGGCCUCAAUGUGAUUGGGACAGCUUCACGAAAGGAAACACAAGAAUUUUCUUUGGCCCAUGGUGCUGAUAUUGUCCUCAAUCACACUAAAGAUUUGAUUCCACAAUUGGAAGCUAACGGUUAUGGUAAUGGAGUAGAUUACAUAUUAGUAAACUAUGAUCCAUAUCCAUACUGGGACACAAUGAUGCAAGUAAUUAAACCCCAGGGUAAGAUCUGCUUGAUUGUAGACAGCAGCGGUUUGGUAGAUUUGAAACCUUUGAAGACCAAAAGUUUAACCAUAACAUCAGAAAUGAUGCUCACAAGGAUUAUAUACAAUACGGAUGAUAAGUAUAGGCAUCACGAGAUACUUCAGGAAAUCUCUAAGAUGUUGGAAAAUGGUCAACUGAAAACUACACUCACUAAAGUUAUGUCCCCUAUUAAUGCUGCAAAUAUGAAGGAGGCUCAUAGACUUUUGGAAGAACAGCAUAUGAUUGGAAAAAUUGUUGUUACAAAGUUUGAAGAAAAAGAAAAAAUCUAAAUUUUACAGUGCACAUGUUUAAUUUUGAUUAUUACUUAUUUACAAGCAAUAUAAUGUAUGCGCUUAUGAUUAAUUUUAAAUGGAAUGCAUAUUAAAUAAAGUUUAUUUUACUUUUU